CGGGCGGCGGGAGCGCGCGGCCGAGCUGUUCCCGCCAUGAGCAGCAGCGCGGGCCCCGCGGCGCGGCUGUGCCGCCUGGAGCGGGGGCCGGACGGCUACGGCUUCCACCUGCACGGCGAGAAGGGCAAGCCGGGCCAGUUCAUCCGGCUGGUGGAGGCUGGUUCGCCGGCCGAGCGCUCGGGGCUUCGCGCCGGGGACCGGCUACUGGAGGUGGAUGGCGAGAACGUGGAGCGGGAGAGCCAUCAGCAGGUGGUGGAGCGCAUCCGCGCCGCCGCCGGCACCGUCAGCCUCCUCGUCGUAGAUUCGGCGGCCGAGGAGCAGCUGCAGAAGCCGGGGGAGCCGGGUACCGAGCCCCGUAGCGAGCCCCCUGCGAGCGGUGGGGAGGCGGCUCCGGAGCCGGCGGAACCCGCGGCGCGGAAGCCCAGCAGCGGUGGUCACCGGGAGGAGCUGCGCCCUCGGCUGUGCCACAUCAAGAAGGGCCCCAAUGGCUACGGCUUCAACCUGCACAGUGACAAGAGCCGCCCGGGCCAGUACAUCCGCGCCAUCGACCCCGAGUCACCGGCUGAGGCGGCGGGACUGGCCCCCCAGGACCGCAUCAUUGAGGUGAACGGGGUGUGCAUGGAGGGCAAGCAGCACGCCGAUGUGGUGGCUGCCAUCAAGGCGGGCGGCGACGAGACCAAGCUGCUGGUGGUGGACGUCCCCACGGAUGAGUUCUUCAAGAAGUGCAAGGUGGUGCCCUCGGAGCAGCACCUGGCAGGUCCCUUGCCAGAACCAGUUGCCAAUGGUGAUAUAGGGAAGGAGAACGGUGCAGAGUCUCGAUCCAACUCGGUGUCCGAGCGCCCGUCCAGCCCCGGGCCGCUGGCCACGUCCAACGCCAGCGAGAGCAACAGCGAGCCCGAUGCACAGGAGGGUGACAAGCGCCAUUCGGCCUCCGGCGCCGUGCUGGACCUGGACAUCCCGCUGGCGGUGGCCAAGGAGCGGGCGCACCAGAAGCGCACGAGCAAGCGAGCCCCCCAGAUGGACUGGAGCAAGAAAAACGAACUGUUCAGCAACCUGUGAGGGCCCUGGGCUCUGGGAGGGUGCAGCAGUUCCCCCUUCCCUCAGCCUCUCCUCCGUCCCCUCCCCCCCUGCAGGGAUGUGGGGCUGCUCCCCACCACCCUGACCUGAGCGCUGGGGCUCAGGGGCCACUGAGCACCUCCACAGCAGAGUCCUGGGGAGUGGGCUUAGGAUAGAGAGAGAAACGGGGAGGGGUGCUGGGGUGCCCCUGUGAGCCCAUCCUCGGGGUGCUCCAUCCAGCCCCACACACCCUGGGAGGCAGAAGCAGGGAUCUGGGGGGAGAGUCAAGGAUUUGGGGUGGCCUGAUGCCCAACACUUCUGAUUCCUGCUGUUCCUUGGUUCCUUCUCCACCCCAAACCCCUUCUCUGUUUGAGCCCCCCAAAAUUGUCCUUUAACUGCAAAACCUGAGGCUUUUAAUGACUUUUAGCAAACCUCACCAGCCCAGCCCCCGACCACAGCCAUUCCUCCCCGGGGUGUUUGCCCCAUGCCUGACAAGCUCCGUCCACAAUCACCCUGUCCCUUUCCCCCUCCAGCCUCAAGGAGGGCCAUGGGUGCCCAGCACUGUGGGGAGCCCCCAGCCCCCCAACCCCAGGGCUUCAGGGUGUCUGGAACCAGCACAGCAAGCAAUAAUCAUCUCCUUUGCUCCUGCUCCCUCCUGGAGCCAGAGCUGAUCAGGGUUUGAAUCCAUCAGUGUUUAUUUUAAAGGCUUCUCAAUAGACUGGUUUGUUUUCUGGGUUUUUUUUUUCCAAUCACACCAUUUAUUAUUGUUUUUUAACUGUAUUUUGUGGAGAUUCUUCCUGUGGAUGUUUUGUUUCUGUGUGUUGUCAUACUGUCAUGCUCAAGAGAAAUUCUGUUUACUGGAAUAAACCUUCCUGACUUCA